AUGGCCGACGAGAGCAGCAAGUUCGCCGACGGCCGUAACACUUGCAUAAGCAUGCAGAUGCACGCCGGCAGCUUGGAAUGCCGCCGGUACUACAUGGCUCGACGCACGCUCCUCGAAAUGCUUAGAGACAGAGGCUACACGGUGGCUAACAUGGAGGCGGAGCUCCACCGAUCUCUGCCGGACUUCCGAGCUGAGUACGGCGACAAGCCCGAGCCUAAAAAACUCAGCCUCAUUGCUGCCUCUGCUACUGACUCUUCCCGAAAGAUACAUGCCAUCUUUUGCGAACCUAUGGAGAUCAGGAAAGCGACAAUGAAUUUCAUCCUGGGCCAGAUUCUGAACAAAGAGCAACUGGACAAAGUGAUCUUGAUCCUUCAAAGCAAGAUGAAUUCUCAUGCUCUAAAGGUUGUGGAGGAGCAUUCGAUAACAAAUGUUAAAGUUGAGACUUUCCAGAUUACUGAGUUGCUAGUCAACAUCACCAAGCAUGUUCUGAUGCCGAAACUUGAGAUUCUGAAUUCUGAGGAGAAGGAAAAGCUUUUGAAGAAGCACAAUAUUCAGGACAAGCAGCUUCCUAUGAUGCUUGAAAAUGAUGCAAUGGCGAGGUACUAUGGGUGUGAGAAAGGACAAGUGGUGAAGGUGACUUAUUCGGGUAGCACCACGGGUACUAUCGUCACUUACCGAUGUGUCGAUGGUUGCAUUAGUAAAAGAUAUGAAGAAAUAGCUCAGCAAGACUGCGUGCACAAAUCGGAUGUGUGGGCCCUGGGCUGCUCGGUUCUUCCCAUGCCGCCCCGGGUUUUCGACAAAAGGGCAGAGCCAAAGGAUGUGCUGUUCAAGAUUGAGUAUAGUGAUCAUAUUUCGGUGAUCCCUCACAAGCACAAUUAUAAAGCAAAACAAGUGUACAAAGGACAAAAAUCGCGUUAA